UAUCGUCUGCGAUGAGCCGGUAAGGACCACCAUCACGCAAAACACCAAACGACCGUCGGCUCUCAUCCUCCCCUCGGUCUCUUUCUCUGCAGAUCACAAUGUGGGGGAAAGGAGGGGAAAAAAGGCGCACCGGAGCAGCGGGGCUCUCCGCGGCGGCUCUGCUUUUUUAGCUCUGAGGUUGUUUCCGUUACGUGAUUUGACAGGGCACAUCAUCAGCGCUAAAAAUAUCCUGAGGGAGUCGGGCAGAAGAGAGGUAGGGGUGGGGCUGCAUGGCGGCGGCGGAGGAGAGAGAGCACACGAGACGCGCGCGUUUCAUCCCAAAAAGAGCGACCGCUGAUCCCUCUGCUCACCGCUCCCCUCCAUGUUCGUCCUGCUGGCUCAUCUCUGCAUCCAUUCCCUCUAAAAAAUGCAGCAGUUGGCGGCCGCCGUCGCUCCGCUGCUCCAAUCAGGCGCCAGUAACGUCAGAGGCGCAGCCGCGUGCGUCAGGAGCGCCUGUUGUGCUGGGCCGUGGAGAACUUUCACUAUUAUAGGCUUGUUGCGAUAUCACUUCAGACACAGCGGGCAGCGAUAGGAGGAUGUGUGUCAGUGUCCUCCGGCGGAAAUGUGAGACAUCAACUCCUCUCGCGCCCCCCCGCAGAGGUCAGUGUGUCGUCACGCCCGAGCGCACUGCCCACAUGUGUGCUGUGCGGACAGCUGAGUGACCCGCCGCGUCCUCUGUCAGCGUGCUGUCACACACUUUAGAGGACACACUGCGCCCGUUUUUACUGCUUCUUUUUUUCUUUGUUUGUUUGUUCUCUGCCCCCGAACAGGCUUUAAAUUGUAAAAAGACACCCCGCAGCAACAGGAGCGCACCUUUCCUUCAUUCCCUCGCAUGGAGCCUCCAGCCAAUCCGGGGGACGGCCCGGUGGAGUUGGAGCUGACGGUGGAGAAUGUGGAGUCGGCUCUCUACCAGCUCUACUUUGACCCGGACAUGGAGCAUAAGAAUGUGGCUCAGAAGUGGCUGACCCAGGCCCAGGGCUCUGCACAGGCAUGGCAGUUCUGCUGGGCCCUGCUGGACCCUGACAAGCUCCCAGAGGUGCAGUUCUUUGGCGCCAGCACCCUCCACACCAAGAUCUCCCGCCACUGGAGCGACCUCCCCGCAGACCAGCACGAGGGCCUCAGGAUGCAGCUCCUCUCCCACAUCCUGCACUUCUCCCAGGGGCCCAAAAUGGUGCUGACCAGGCUGUGUGUGGCCCUGGCCGCUAUGGCUCUAAACUUAAUCCCACAGGCUUGGUCCCGGCCCGUGGCGGACAUGGUGCGGGCCUUCCAACCGCAGAAGCCGGACAAUGAAGGUGGCUCUGGUGCCGAGGCCACCCAGGACCCUCACGCUCACUGCCUCACUCUGCUGGAGCUCCUCACCAUUCUGCCAGAGGAGUUCCAGAGCAGCCGCCUGGCUCAAGCUCGCCGCGCCCAGCUGAGGGAGGCUCUGGCCGGGGAGUGGGCGGUGGUGUGUCCCAUGCUGCGCCAGCUCCUCCAGAGCCAGGACUCCUCCAACAAGGUGAAGGAGAAGGUGCUCCGCUGCCUCUCCAGCUGGGUGGGGCUGGACGUGCCGUUAGGGGAGAGCCACGAGCUGGUCCAGGACUGUUUCGCCGCGCUGUCCAACCCGGAGCUGUUCGACACAGCCGUGGAGACGAUAGUUAACGUCAUCUCGCAGCCUGACUGCCAGAGGUACAUCGACGCCCUGGUGAGCUUGAUGCCUCUGGUGCUGGGACUCCACGACCAGCUGAAGACAGCGGCUCAGGACGGGGAUAUGGAAACGUCACAUGGUAUCUGUCGUAUCACCGUAGCCAUGGGGGAAACUCACUCCAGGGUUUUGUUGGAACAGGUGGAGCACUGGCAGGAAUAUCUGGCCUUGGUGAACAUGAUUCUUUUCUGUACCGGCGUCCCCGGUCACUACCCGGUCAGUGAGACCACCAGCUCCCUCACACUCACCUUCUGGUACACGCUGCAGGAUGACAUCUUGUCAUUUGAGGAGGAGAAGCAGGCGGUUUACCUGCAGGUCUACAGGCCGGUGUACUUCCAGCUGGUGGACGUGCUGCUACAUAAAUCCCACUAUCCCUCCCAGGACGAUUAUGCCUCCUGGUCCCCCGACGACAAGGAGCAGUUCAGAAUUUACAGAGUGGACAUUUCCGACACCCUCAUGUAUGUGUAUGAAAUGUUGGGGGCCGAGCUGCUCAGUAACCUCUACGAUAGACUGGGCAGACAGCUGAUGGACCCACAACAGUCCGCCGUGUGGCAGGACACAGAGGCCUUGUUAUUUGGCUUCCAGUCCAUAGCUGAGACCAUCGAUGUCAACUACUCUGACGUUAUCCCCGGUCUUAUCGGUCUGAUCCCCAGAAUCAACAUCAGCAACGUUAUGCUGGCUGACACCGUCAUGUACACCAUAGGAUCCCUGGCUGAGUGGCUGGCCGACCACCCUGUGAUGCUGGGUGCCAUAUUACCCAUGGUGCUUCAGGGCCUGGUGAAGCCAGAGCUGUCCGUGUCCAGCGUCUCCACUCUGAAGAGGAUCUGCAGGGAGUGUAGGCACGACCUCGGCCCCUACGCUCAGGACAUCCUCACCGUGUCACAGGAUGUGCUGAUGAAAGAAAUCCACAAGAGCAGCCAGUCCAUGUGGUUGAUGCAGGCUCUGGGUUUCCUGCUGUCCGCCCUGCCGGUAGAGGAGAUUCUGGUCAGACUUCACUCUCUCAUCGCUCCUCACGUCCAGCAGCUGGAUACGCUCGCGCAGCAGGAGCCUAAUCCCAAGAACAAACAAUCUAUUGUCCACAUCCUGGGGAUGCUGUCCAGCCUCUUCACCACUCUGGACAUCAACAGACAAGCAGACAGCUUAGAGGGAGCGUCCAGCCCCAGACCCACUGCCUCACAGAGCACGCAGAACCCCGUUGUUGUUGUGCUUCAGCAAGUCUUCACAUUGAUCCAAACCAUCCUGAGCAAGUGGCUCGAUGACUCAGAGGUAGUCGAGGCAGUGUGUGGGGUAUUUGAUAAGUCGGUUCGAACCCUCCUACAUGAUUUCGGGCCCAUGGUGGCUCAGCUGAGCGGGAUGCUGGGGCAGAUCUACAGCGCCUUCCCACAGGCCUCCGCUCUGGACCUGGCACGGCAGAUGGUUCACAUAUUUGCUGGGGAGGAGCAGCACAUCUCCAACAUCAAAAGCCUGACCGAGGUGUUGACCUCUGCCACGCUCAGUAUAUUUCAGCAAGGUCCACGGGAUCAUCCUGAUAUUGCCGAAUCGUUUAUGCACCUUCAUGCUCAGAUUCUUAAGAGGAAGCCUGAUUUGUACCUGUCCGACCAGUCGGAUGUUAAAGCACUGUUUUACUGUGGGAUUUUAUCACUGAAGUUUCCAGAGACACCCACAGUAAAAGCUGCCAGUCUUUUUUUCACGGAGCUGCUGCCUCGCUGUAAAGACAUGCCCCCACUGGGUGACGUGUUGCAGAGAGAUGGAAAGCUCCUGAUAGAGACCAUACUCGAGGCGGUUGGUGGCGGUUCGCCCCGCAGCCUGACGGAGCACUUCUCUGAAGUGUUGCUGAGUCUGAACAGACACUGUCCGGCUCUGCUGUCCCAGUGGCUGAAGGAAACACUGCAGACCCCCGGAUUCCCCUCCGCCCAGGUCUCCACGGAGCAGAAACACACCUUCAGCCAGCAGCUUCUAAGGGAGCAAACCAACAAACGUCGUGUGAAGGAGAUCGUGAAGGAGUUUUCUCUGCUCUGUCGAGGCCUGCAGGGGUCUGGAUACUAGAUUAUUAUUAGACUGAGCUGGCAGCACUGUGACUUUUUACUCCUAAAUAAGUCCAAGUGAACUUAAGAUCAACAGAAAACACAAACCUUAAUCUGUUUCGAUGAUAAAUGGUGCCAAACAGUAUUUUUUUUACUCGGGUAGGUGACACUGGACUAUCAAAAAAAGUGUUUGACUUGGACUGAACCAAACAAAAACACAGAUAAAAUGAGCCUUUAUUAGAAUGAGUGGGCCCUCUGUGCAUCAUGUUUUUAAUAAAAAUACCUCUGUCACAUCAAAAGCUGGAAAAAAUUAGGUGGGAAAAAGCAUCACGUUGCCUUUUUUCUUUCUUUUUUUUUUUUAUCUCCGGGCAUGGAUCCAAACCUCUGCUCCGUCUGACAAAACACACAAAUAAACAGUUUGUUCUUUUCAGCUGCGUGAGCAACUGCGUGUGAGUGUUCUCUUAUUUAUUGUUUCUCCUCUGUUGUAUACUGCUCGUAGCUCAUAUUCACACAUUAUCAAAAUAUAGAAACCCCACCCAUCCCCACCCAAACCAGGCUUCUUCUUCUCUCUGUUAAAAAAAAGAGAGCCUUUUAAAAAUGUGAUGUCAUUACAUUAUAUAGCUUAGAACUCUUGUACAUGUAUACUUCUGCUAAUAUAUAAUAAAACAAUGUCAUCACUUCCACAACAGAAAAAAGAAAACAAGACAGACUUUUUUUUUUAAGCAGACGACAUGUCCUGACAACAGACUGUUCAUUUUUUUUUUUAAAUCAGU